AUGCAGAUUCUUGACCAAGUGACACUCUCCCAAUCUUAUCCUGACUCCAUUAUCUGGCCACUUCAAAAAACUGGCCGAUUCUCUGUAAAAUCUGUCUGCUUGGAACUGGCGAAGACCGACUCUCGCCGGCCAAUUGAUCUGAUUGCAGGGGUCUGGAGAGGCCUAGUCCCGCAUCGCAUCAAAAAUUUUGUAUGGUUGGCUCUUACGCGUAAAGUAAACUCCAAAGAAAAGCUGGCUAAACUUGGUUUCAUUCCCACCUCAGAUUCAAUUUGCGUCCUGUGCAACCUCUCGGUGGAGUGCAGCGACCACCUCUUCCUCUCCUGUCGUAUAGCUUGGUCACUAUGGUGUUGGUGGUUAAACUUAUGGGAGAUCUCCUGGGCACCUCCCUCUUCCCUUAGAGCUUCCUUUGAUCAAUGGUUGUGGCUUAGGUAUGGUGCUUUCUUUAAAAAGGUAUGGGCAGCCAGUUUCUUUGUCAUAGUAUGGACAAUAUGGAAAGAAAGGAACACGCGAGUCUUUGAGAACAAAACCUCUUAUGUGCCCCAGUUACAGAACCUUGUACUACUACGUCUUAGUUGGUUGAUAAAAGGGUGGAAUGAUCAAUUCCCUUACAAUGCCGAGGAGGUGCUACAAAUCCCUGCUCCGUCAACUGGACUCCCAACCUCUCUUUAA